AUGUUGAUUGCUUUUGUGAUUCUUAUGUUCCCUUGGGCUUCUUUCUUCUGUUCAGGCUUGCAUCAGAUCUCGCAGAACAAGGUGGCAGUGCUGCUCCUGGCUGGAGGACAAGGAACUCGCCUGGGAGUGAGCUAUCCCAAGGGCAUGUACAAUGUGGGGUUGCCCAGUGGCAAGACUUUGUAUCAGAUCCAAGCAGAAAGAAUCCGCAAAGUGGAGCAGCUCGCUGGCCAGAGACACCACUGCAAGUGUGACAUCCCAUGGUACAUCAUGACAAGCGAGUUCACGCUGGGACCGACAGAGGAGUUCUUUGUAGAACAUGACUACUUCAACCUGGAUAGAUCCAAUGUGGUCAUGUUUGAACAGAGAAUGCUGCCUGCUGUCACCUUUGAUGGGAAGGCCAUCUUGGAGGAGAAGGGGAAAAUUGCUAUGGCUCCAGAUGGCAAUGGUGGCUUAUACCGUGCUUUGGUGGAUAAUAAGAUCUUGGACGACAUGAAGCAGCGUGGAAUCCAGUAUGUCCAUGUAUACUGUGUGGACAAUAUCCUCGUGAAAAUGGCAGAUCCAGUCUUCAUAGGCUUCUGUGUUUCCAAAGGGGCAGACUGCGGUGCAAAGGUGGUGGAGAAGGCCUACCCCACAGAGCCUGUUGGGGUGGUGUGCUGUGUGGAUGGGGUCUACCAGGUGGUGGAGUACAGUGAGAUCAGCCUGGAGACUGCACAGCAGCAAAGCCCCGAUGGGGGACUGAUGUACAGCACCGGCAGUAUCUGCAACCAUUUCUUCACAGUUGAGUUCCUGGAGAUGGUGGCCCAGAAAUAUGAGCCGCAGCUGAGGCAUCAUGUAGCCAUAAAGAAGGUGCCCUACAUUGACGAGGAGGGAAAUCUGGUAAAACCGCUAAAACCGAACGGGAUAAAGCUGGAGAAGUUUGUGUUUGAUGUGUUCCAGUUCUCUAAGAAUUUUGUGGCAUUUGAAGUUUUGAGAGAAGAGGAGUUCUCGCCACUAAAAAACGCAGACACAGCUGACAAAGACACUCCUACCACUGCUCGGCAAGCCCUCCUGGCCCAGCACUACCGCUGGGCUCUCAAGGCUGGGGCCAGAUUUCUGGAUGAAAAUGGCUGCAGGAUACCGGAGAAACUCAGCCUCUCAGGAACUGAAGAUCCUCCGGCUGUGUGUGAGAUUUCUCCGUUAGUCUCUGUUUUCAUACGUUCUCAGGGUCUGGAGGCGUACAUGAAGAACAGAGACUUCCCUUCUCCCUUUGUACUCGAUGAAAACAAAGGGGAAAUGCUAGGAAAUCCUUGAAGAGGAGGGAGGCCUUUCCCGCUCAAAUCAGAUAUCUGUCAGAUCCAUUAUAAGAACUGACUUUGCUCAAAUGUCAGUAUGAAGUGCAUUAAAAAAAAUUGCUUUGCAGUAUCAGAUCAAUGCCAAAUCCUUGCAGCAGUUCUGUUUACACACACGUACGUGCUCACCAGUUCUGUUUGGUGACUUCGAAGGCUUUGCCUUUUACCUCAGUCUGUUUUGUAGACUUGGAUGUGAAUGAAGAUUAAUACCUUCUGGGUACCAAACAGAUUUUAUAUUUCUUAUUUGCUGUGCAUACAAAUCUAUAAAAGAGCCAGGCAGGGCCUAAUAGAUCAGCUUUGCAUUCAAGAAGAUUAAAUCUCUUCAGUGCCUUGUUAGGUACCUUGUUUGUGGUGGUGGGGUUGGGGGUUUUUGUUGUUGUUCGUUUGUUUUUGUUUUUAAAUUGUAUGCACAGCUGAAGAAUCAGUUUGAUCCAUCUUUUCCCUAAUCCUGUGCUGGUUAGAAGAUCCAAGAUCUAAUCCAAUUCAGCAAUUGCAUCCUCUAACCAGAUCAUACAGAGGAGGCUGCUGUGCAUAAGUGUUGCUUGAGGUUUGGACUCCAAAGCAGAACGGACUAGUUUGCAUAUCUAGGCUCGCUGGUGCCAUUCCAAGAAACCAUAAGUAACUAUGCAGUUUAGACUGAUUGCUCUUUACAGCUGUAGUGAUCUGGUUUUUUUUAAUUAAAAAAAAGAAAAAGAUGAUGAGAAAUUUUUUCACAACCCUCCACUCUUCCUGUCUAUAACAAACAUUUAUUUUACUUUUCAUUUUUCUGUUUAAUGUAUACCAUAUCCCGCAAAGAGGACUCUUUUAAAGUACCUGAAAGUAAUGAGAGGAACAAAUCCUGAUGGUAGAAUUUAAUGCUUAACCAAAACCAAAAAAAGACUUAAUGCCAGCAUAACCGGUGUACACAGUAAAACACAACCCUCUGCUUCUACAGUUUCUGGUCAGGUAGUUUUCCAGCAUGUAUUCACUUACGAAAUAAUUUUAUAGAUGCCUUCUUCUUAAAUAUAUUACUAACCAUAAUGUAAAGAUAAGUGUCAGCUAAUUAAGGAUGCUAAUUGCCAGAACAUACGUAGCAUGUGACCUCAGCCCUGGCCGAGGGAUCCCAGGGUGGCCGCGAUCCACAAACGAUUGUUCCUGUUCAGCCUUUGGAUGCUGCCCCAGCAAGCUCGUGCCAGGUGGGCACUGCCUGCUGCAGAACCUGCGCUGAACACACCAAAGUUGUUUAACCCUUCGUGAGGAUGCUUCAGGUGCACUGCUGGGUGGCCUUUGCUUGAGGAGCACUCUUAACUUUUCCCCUAAAUCAGGUGUUAAGGAAGGUGGUGAGGAAGAUGCCUCAUCUGGAAUCUUAUUUCAUGCAUCUGCUUCUGCUGAGGAAUAGCUGAGGCUAUUUUAUGGAGCAUAAAUCUUUUAAAUAACUUACGCGGCUUUCUGUAAUUCCUGACGUGAAGCUGUAUUCAGAAUGUUGGGGAAGUAUAAAAAAGGCUUUGAGAGUAAACACAGUUUGUAAGUAGGCUCAAAGAAAGCAUCUAAAUCUCAAUGGCAGAGUUUUCAGGUAUAAAGUGUAUCUGCAUGCACGUAAGUAACGAGCCUUUUGCACAUGCAAACCAGCUAAUGACAGUUCUGCUUACCUCAGUUUGCAUGCGCAGCCAUUAAUUCCCAUUUUUAGUAUAAAUUGAGCAUUUGUCCUUGACACUCAGUUCUGUAAUUUUUUUCACACAGUGUUUCUAUGGGUCAUUCCAUUCCUGUCAGACAAGUUUUAUACCUGAGAACAAAUUGUGUUGUAUCUUUGUGAGUAUUGCUUGUCGAUUCAGGCACACGCUCAUUUUAAAUUGCACUGUGCUAUAAAGAAAGGAUAUUUCUUUUGCUCUUUCUAAAGUGCUUUCUCUUUUGAAACUUCAGUUCCCGUGUGCUUUAAUCAUGUGUACACUGAGUUGCUGAUGUGGUUUUUAGAGGUUGUUUUCAAGGAGCUGAAUUAGAAUGCUAAAUGCCUUGUCUGUUGGGUUUUUUCUGACUCCUCACGUUUUAAACUGGAACAUAGAAACAAUUUUGAGAGAACUUUAAAAAAAUAAAUCUAUAUGUAACAAAGUAAUUCUAGUAUGCGUUAUGAAAUGAAAAAAGUACCUGAAACAAAGGGUGGUCCCGUAGCACUCCAGAAACUUUUGGAUA